CCACUUUCUACCUGCCGUCGCACCCAAGUCCAAUCAACGUGCGGCACAAGUGCACCCAUCCUGAAUUUGCCGAGAUGCUUCUGGACCUCAACGAGUUUGGUCAUGAGUGGGCCAUCCGCACGGGUUUCCUGGAGCCCUUCACUCUCGACUGUCCGCCGCACAUUCUCGAAGCUGCCUCAAAGAAGAGCCCCUCGAUCGAGUACGAAUCAAGGCCCUCGAGCCACGGCUAUCUCCACAGCGCCCCCAGCUACCACCACCAUCAACGGCCUGUCCACAACGACCAGGGCCAUCGCCAUGAAUACUAUCCAGAAUAUCGAAGCGCCACCCCUCGCUCCGCAACGCUCACAGCCUCGCCGACCCAGCCACCGUCGACCCUGUACUUUCCGAAAUCCCUCUGGCGCACCCAGAGCUCCCGCGACGCUCCCUCGCGCAUCGAAAAGUCCAUCACCCCGCCGUACCGAUCUCGCCCGCAUCGCCGCAUCUCGAUUGACUCGCUGCUGUCGCAUGAAGAAGACGCCUCGGUCUCGCCGUCGAUGCCCUCGCGGCAUUACCCCAGCGAGCGCUCGUCGUACUGGCCGCCUCUCAGCCCCGAGUCGGGAUAUCUGCACAAGCAGGACCGCACGUCGGUGGCGUCGUCAUGAGCAACCUUGGCAUGUUAAGUGGCCGUUUUUGGACUCUCUUCCGUCGCUGUGCUGUGUGCUUCUCCCAUUUCUGAAUAGCUGGCCUUUUCCUUCUCUCGAUUCCCCCAUCCCCAAUCUUGUCCCAUUCACACGCUUUCAUUCAUAUAUCGAAGAGCCUGGUGCUUUUUGUAUACUAGAGUGCAUCUGCCUCUUUUAACUGCAGUCGCCGCGCCUCGGUCGCUCUCGGGCCUGGCUUUGCGCUGUGUUGGUCCAUAAUACAUUUUGCUAUCCAUCG